GUCGACCUGUCCGGUUUCGCUUACUUGCAGACGCGUGAACAAUUUUCUCAAACAAUGUCGUCCGCUGACCAGCAAACCUCGACGGCCACCACUGGUCAACCGCAUCUACAGCAGCAGGAUCUGUCUAAGCUGGACAUUACCAAGCUGACCCCACUUUCGCCGGAAGUAAUUUCUCGACAGGCUACGAUCAAUAUCGGAACCAUUGGUCAUGUAGCGCACGGAAAAUCGACAGUUGUUAAAGCCAUUUCUGGCGUACAGACCGUACGCUUCAAGAACGAGCUGGAGCGCAACAUUACAAUUAAACUUGGUUACGCCAAUGCGAAGAUUUACAAAUGUGACAAUCCGAAAUGCCUACGGCCGACGUGCUUCACAUCCGGCGGUUCGAGCAAGGACGACAGCUUCCCAUGCUACCGUCCGGCCUGUACCGGUCGCUUCCAGUUGGUGCGCCACGUCAGCUUCGUCGACUGCCCCGGCCACGACAUUCUCAUGGCAACGAUGUUGAACGGUGCCGCCGUUAUGGAUGCCGCCCUGCUGCUGAUUGCCGGCAACGAGUCAUGCCCGCAGCCCCAAACGUCCGAGCAUCUGGCCGCGAUCGAGAUCAUGAAGUUAAAGCACAUCAUCAUCCUGCAGAACAAGAUCGACCUGGUGAAGGACACGCAGGCGAAGGAACAGUACGAUCAGAUCGUAAAGUUUGUGCAGGGCACGGUGGCCGAAGGGGCCCCGAUCAUUCCGAUAUCGGCCCAGCUCAAGUACAACAUCGAGGUACUGUGCGAGUACAUUACGAAGAAGAUUCCGAUCCCGCCACGAAACUUUAUCGAUCCACCGCGGCUCAUCGUGAUCCGCUCGUUCGACGUCAACAAGCCGGGCUGUGAGGUGAACGAUCUGAAGGGUGGCGUGGCCGGUGGUUCGAUUCUGCGCGGUGUCCUCAAGGUCGGCCAGGAGAUCGAGGUUCGGCCCGGCCUGGUGAGCAAAGAUGCCGAGGGCAAGCUGACCUGCAAGCCCAUCUUCUCGCGCAUCGUUUCGCUGUACACCGAGCAAAACGAGCUGCAGUUUGCCGUGCCCGGUGGUCUGAUCGGGGUCGGCACGAAGAUCGAACCAACGCUCUGCCGUGCCGAUCGGUUGGUCGGCCAGGUGCUGGGAGCCGUCGGUGCGCUGCCGAACAUCUUCAUCGAACUGGAAGUGUCGUACUACCUGCUGAAGCGUCUGCUCGGCGUGCGCAUGGAAGGUGACAAGAAGGGCGCCAAGGUGCAGAAGCUGGUGCGCCACGAGAUGCUGCUGGUGAACAUCGGUUCACUGAGUACCGGCGGCCGGGUGGUGGCCACGCGUGCCGAUUUGGCCAAAAUUGCCCUCACCAACCCCGUGUGUACGGAGAAGAACGAAAAGAUCGCCCUCAGUCGGCGUGUCGAGAACCAUUGGCGUUUGAUUGGCUGGGGUCAGAUUCGUGGCGGAACCGUUAUUGAACCGUUGAAGGAAAAUUAAAAGAGACGCGACACAUCAUUUUUGGCGUAACGUUCUGACCAUGUCUCUCGUAUCGGCUAAACCAAUUCAGUCAAUAACAUCAGCAGCGUGCGUGCACAGUUUCUUUGCCCUGACUUUUUGGGUUUUGUUUUUGUUGGGUUUCGGGAGGAAAAUGAUCGCCAGCAACCAGAGCAGCAUGCAGGAUCCAUUUAACGUAUCGUGCGACGUUGCAGAUCGAACGAGCUUCGUCCGUUCUGCAAAGUCACGGGUGGAUAGCGAUAUUCCGUGGCCACAGCUUAAAAUUGAACGCAGCGGGACUAUGUUUCACCCGGAAUGUGCUAGGAAACCUACCGUCUGUAAUGGCAGUAAACGAGAAAUGCAGUUUCAAAUACAUAACCUCAGAAAA